AUGUCGAACAAGGAGAAGGGUGGUGCUGAGGCGUAUGCCCGCUUCAAGCAGUUCGAUUACAAAGCGAAUUCCAGUCUCGUGCUCACAUCGGACACUCGCACGCGGGAAUACGCCACCGAACCCAGCGGGGAGCCGGAGACACUAUGGGGGCGCAUGAAGGGCAAGAUGGGCGACCGGGCCCAGACUACGCGUCCUGAUUCGGAGCGCAAGGAGCGGGCUGCCAAGAAGAAGCGUGACGCGGCGGCGGCGGAGUUGGAGCUGGCGGUACCUUCCAAGGGCCGGAGCAAGCGCGGCAACGCGGCGGGGGGACUCAGCGUGCUGGAUCUGGAGCAGGGCGGUCUGUACCGGCCCCGCACCAAGGAGACCCGGGAGGCUUACGAGACCCUGCUGGCCAUUAUCCACAGCCUGUUUGGGGAGCAGCCGCAGGACGUCCUCCGCGGCGCCGCCGACGAGGUGUUGGCUGUGCUGAAGAACAAGGACCUCCGCGACCCGGAGCGCCAGAAGGAGUGCGGCGCGCUGCUGGGGGCCUGUGACGAUGACAUGUUUGCCCGGCUGGUGGCCCUGGGCAAGAGGAUCACUGACUAUGUGACGGAGGCGGAGGGGGCCCCCGGCGACACGCUGGACGAGGAGCUUGGAGUGGCUGUGGAGUUUGAGGAGGAGGAGGACGACGAGGAUGAUGAAGCGGACGAGGUUCUUGAUGUGGACGAGGAGGACGAGGGGGACGACAAUCAGCCUGAGGUCGACCUGCGAACGACCACCCUGGUCCUCGGAGUUCUGGGCAGCUCUGAUGACCAGCGCGCCGUGGAGAACGAGCUGGUGCUCAGCCUGGGUUUUGAACACUUCGAGCUGAUCAAGGAACUCAUCAAAAACAGGCUGAAGAUCGUGUGGUGCACCAAGCUGUCCCGCGCCGAGACGGAUGAGGAGCGCGAGCGCAUCGAGACCGAGAUGGGCGGCAGUCCCGACACGGCCUCCAUCCUGGCGGCGCUGAGGGCCACGCGCACCUCGGCCCGUGACCGCCAGACGGCCAUGGAGCGGUCCAUCCGGGAGGAGGCGAGGAGGCUGAAGCAGGGGGAGGCGGGUGCCCGCGGGGAUGCGGGUGGCGGGGGGGGCGCCACCGCGGGCCGCCACUCAGUGGCUCUGGACAGCCUGGCCUUCAGGCAGGGAAGCCACCUCAUGAGCAACAAGAGCGUGGCGCUGCCGCAGGGCUCCCAGCGCCGCGUAUACAAGGGCUAUGAGGAGGUGGAGGUGCCCGCUCUGAAGCCCAAGCCCUUCGCGGACGGUGAGAAGCUGCGCAAGGUUUCGGAGCUGCCUGAUUGGGCCCGAGGGGCCUUUGCGGGCAUGGAGUCCCUCAACCGCAUCCAGUCGAGGGUGGCGGAUUGCGCCAUGUUCAGUGGAGAGAACAUGCUGGCGCUUGUGGCUGAGAUGGUUGGCAACUUCUCCAAGCGCCUCACUGAGAAGUACGGCAUCAAGGUUCGCGAGCUGACCGGCGACAUCAACCUGUCCAAGGCGGAGAUCGAGGACACGCAGAUUAUCGUGACCACCCCGGAAAAGUGGGACAUCAUCACUCGCAAGUCAGAUGACCGCACGUACGCCAACAUGGUACGGCUGCUGAUUGUGGACGAGAUUCACUUGCUUCAUGAUGACCGCGGACCCGUACUGGAGUCCAUCAUCAGCAGGACCAUUCGACAGGUGGAGUCCACGCAGGAGAUGAUUCGCAUUGUGGGUCUGUCCGCCACACUACCCAACUACGAGGACGUGGCGGUGUUCCUGCGUGUGAAGCCCGACAAGGGUUUGUUCUACUUCGACAACUCCUACCGGCCCUGCCCGCUCGCCCAGCAGUACAUUGGCGUGUCGGUGAAGAAGCCGCUGCAGCGCUUUCAGCUCAUGAAUGAGAUAUGCUACAACAAGGUUCUCGAGUGCGCUGGUCGGCAUCAGGUGCUGGUCUUCGUGCACAGUCGCAAGGAGACGGCCAAGACCGCCCGCUUCGUGAAGGAGACGGCGCUGGCGGCGGAUGUGCUCACUCGCUUCAUGCGCAACGACUCGGCGAGCAGGGAAAUCUUGCAGACGGAGGCGAGUGGGGGCCCGGGGGGGGGGGGGCCGACGGGGAAUAUGGGCGGGGAAUAUGGGCGGGAGGCUGUCCUUGAGAAAGGUUGCGGGAGGCUGAGAACUGCAAAGACUCGGACUUGCGUGAUUUGCUGCCCUUCGGCUUCGCCAUCCACCACGCGGGUGCUCGUCAGCACCGCCACACUCGCCUGGGGAGUCAACCUGCCGGCCCACACCGUCAUCAUCAAGGGCACCCAGAUCUACAACCCCGUCAAGGGCGCGUGGGAUGAGCUCAGCCCGCAAGACGUGAUGCAAAUGAUGGGCCGCGCGGGUCGACCCCAGUACGACUCAUUCGGUAGGUGGUGGUUAGCGAAUCUGAAGGACGCAGCUCACUGGUUGGGCUACACGUACCUGUACGUGCGCAUGUUGAGAUCCCCCGCAUUGUACGGAGUGCCGCCGGCGGACCUGGACACGGAUCCGCUGCUGCAGGAGAGGCGACUGGAUCUUGCCCACAGCGCUGCCCUGCUUCUUGACAAGCACUCCCUCAUUCGGUACGACAGGAAGACCGGUAACUUUCAGACCACGGACCUGGGCCGCAUCGCAUCUCACUACUACGUCAGCUACACCACCAUCGCCCACUUCAACGAGCACCUCAAGCCCACCAUGACGGAUAUCGAGCUGCUGAGGCUGUUCAGUCUGGCGGAGGAGUUCAGGUACAUGGUGGUUCGUGACGAGGAGAAGCUGGAGCUGGCCAAGCUGGUGGAGCGGGUGCCCAUCCCCGUCAAGGAGGGUCUGGAUGAGCCGACAGCCAAGGUCAACGUGCUGCUGCAGGCGUACAUCUCCAACCUGAAGCUGGAGGGUUUGGCCCUGGCCUCUGACAUGGUGUACGUCACCCAGUCGGCAGGCCGCCUGAUGCGGUGUCUGUUCGAGAUCUGCCUGCGCCGCGGCUGGUCGGGCCUUACGGACCGGGCCCUGGCGCUGACCAAGAUGGUCAACUACCGGAUACGUGUUGGUGAAGCUGAGAAGCGCGACCUGCCCUGGGAGCGGUUCUACGACCUGACCAGCCAGGAGCUCGGGGAACUCAUCCGACUGCCGAAGAUGGGGAAGAGCCUGCACAAACUCAUACACCAGUUUCCCAGGUUGGAGCUGGCCGCCCACGUCCAGCCCAUCACCCGCACCUGCCUCAAGGUGGAUCUGACCAUCACCCCGGACUUCGCCUGGGAGGACAAGGUGCACGGAUACGUGGAGCCCUUUUGGAUUUUUGUAGAGGACCAGACCAUCUGCGCGGAGUUCGCCAUUCUGAGGAUGCUGGCGCGGGCGGCGGAGGGGAAGUGCAUCGCGAGGUGUGUCUACAUCGCCCCCCACGACUCCCUGGCUCGCGACGUGGCGGCCUCCUGGACGUCCAAGUUCGGUGGUGGUCUGGGUGUGGAGGUGACUCAGCUGACCGGGGAGACGGCUGCGGACCUUAAGCUGCUGGAGCGCGGCAACAUUGUGGUGGCCACUCCCCAGCAGUGGGACGUUAUGAGCAGGAGGUGGGAAGGGGGGGCGUUGGUUCUUGUGGUCACGGCGGCCAUGUGUUGGGGUCUGGGCGACACAGCGGCGCACUUGGUGGUGGUGGCGGGCACCCAGUACUACGACGGCAGCGGCCUCGGCGCAUCCGACUACCCGAUCACAGACCUGUUGCAGAUGAUUGGACGAGCCAGCAGACCGCAGGUUGACGACUGCGGCAAGGUAGUGCUCAUGUGCGCCUCCCACCGCAAGGAGUACUACAAGCGCUUCCUGCUGGAGCCCCUGCCCGUGGAGAGCCACCUAGACCACUACCUGCACGACCACUUCGUUGCGGAGAUUGUGACUAAGACCAUUGAAAACAAACAGGACGCGGUGGACUACCUGACCUGGACGUUCUACUACCGCCGCCUCGCCCACAACCCGAACUACUACAACAUGGCGGGGGUCAGCCACCGGCAUCUGUCCGACCACUUGUCGGAGCUGGUGGAGAGUACCCUAGGUGACCUGGAGACCAGCAAGGUGAUUGCCAUAGAGGACGACAUGGACUUGUCCGCUCUCAACCUCGGUAUGAUUGCCGCCUACUACCACAUCGCCUACACCACCAUUGAGCUGUUCGCCGCCUCGCUGGCCGCCAAGACUAAGAUCAAGGGCUUGCUGGAGAUCUUGGCGAAUGCGAGCGAGUUCGACGGCAUGGAGGUUCGGCCCGGGGAGGAUGUGGCCAUCCAGAAGCUUCUCGCGCACUCGCACGUGGCCGUGAGUCAGCCGCGGCCCAGCGACCCGCACUGCAAGGCCAAUGUACUGCUGCAGUCGUACCUCAGUCGUACACCGCUGGGAGGGGAUCUGGCACUAGACCAGAAGGAGGUUGUGCGCGAGAGCGUGCGGCUGCUCCAGGCCAUUGUGGACGUGAUUGCCAGCAACGGCUGGCUCUCCCCGGCCCUGGCUGCCAUGGAGAUGAGCCAGAUGGUGACUCAGGCGCUGUGGGACAAGGACAGCCCGCUGCUGCAGCUGCCGUACGUUACCCCAGAUGUGGCCGCACGUCUUGAGGCCGCGGGCUGCUCCUCCGUGUUUGAGUUGUUGGAGAUGGGGGAUGCUCCGCGGAGGGAGGCGCUGGGGGCGGCGGUCAGUGAGGCGCAGCUGGCGGAGAUCGCGGCGGUGGCGAACCGCUACCCGGACAUCAACGUAACGUACGACGUCGUUGGCGGCGACGAGGAGGUCCUGCCGGGCGAGGCGGUUACAGUGGUUGUGUCGCUGGAGCGGGAGAUGGACGAGGAGCAGCCAGGCGACGUGGGGCCGGUGCCGGCGCCGCACUUUCCCGGCCGCCGGGACGAGGGCUGGUGGUUGGUGGUUGGAGAUCCCAAGGCCAACAGCUUGCUAGCCAUCAAGAGAGUCAAUCUCGGGAAGCAGGCCCGGACCAAGUUGGAGUUCUCCGCCCCGCCGCCCGGCUCCGAUGGCUUCGCGCACCUGACCUUGUACUUCAUGUGUGACAGCUGGAUGGGCUGCGACCAGGAGUACGAGGUCAACCUCAAGGUGUCGCCCAACGAGGAUGCCAUGGAGCAGUAAUUAGUACUGAGGAGGAGGAGGAGGAGGAGGAGGAGGACGAGUGGCUGUGCCCGGUAACUUCUAGGUUUAUUUCAGGCGACCCGGACGCGAAGGGCGAUGAACCCCGCACACACACACAUCACAACAUACACAUACACAAUGGCAGGGGGGUAAGGUCAGAAGGGCGACGGUACGGAUGAUGGACAGGUGUGGAUGGCGGCAUGGAUGGCUGAUGGUGUUGCCGUACAAGGUCCGUGGGGUGAAACUGUACGAGGGGCCUAGAGGUCCGUUCAGUGCCAUGUAGUUGAGCCUGGGUAGAUUGCAGUCGUGGUGGUUGUGGUGGUUGUGGUGGUUGUGGUGGUUGUGAUGGUUGUGAUGGGGAGUGAAUAAGAAAGGUGACUGCUGCGGGGUUACGGAGGGUCGCGGCACCUAGCGCAGCUUUUGCUGGGGGCGUACAUAAUGUUAGGGAGCCGUGCUACUCUUCUUGCCGCCUGCGACAAUAGUCGUGAGGACCUUUUGGCCUGAUGCUGCUGUGUUCAGCUGAUUGAGCUCCUCACUUCGCACAGACGACUUUUGUCCUUCCCUCUUUGGGUAUUCUUUUUCUUCUGAAUGGUUAAAAGACAGUAAUGACGUGACGCAGCAGACUCCUCAAGAUGUGGCGGUAGCGCGGCUUUUGGUUGGCUGGGAGGAUUUGGGGAGGGUUAGGAAGCUGCGGCGAAAUGGUGCGAGGGUGUUGGGCGAAACGGCGGAGAGGGUCGAUUGGAUAUGGGUUUCGGAACGGAGCUGGUUGAAGGCUUGUUCCUUGUUAAAGUGGCACGUGUGUAAGGAGUACACAUUC